CCCCGUUGACAAAUUUGCGAGCGUGGUUGGAUGCUCCACGCAUGCGGGAAUUUGGGCGCCGCAAGGAUUGCAGAUGCUUCCGCAGCCUCCGCAUGGAGACCUCCACAUGCACAGAAUGUUCACCCAGAUGCUGCACUCGGGGUAACAGGGCACCGUGGGGGAAGUAUGGAGUCUCCAAGAGAUUCAACAAUUUGGAUGGGGCAAUGUGGAGCCCCGUAAAAAUCGGUGCGCGGCGGUCGGACUCAUAACAAGAAGCCUUUUCAUCCCAUCUUCUCGCUGCAUCUUCUGCUCAUCCUUUCCGUUGUCACUGAACAGGUCUCGUCAAGAUGGGUAUCCUCACUAUGAUCGAAGAUCGGCCUACGCCAAAGAGCGUGUACAAUUGGCGUGUAUACGUCUCGGCGAUGACAGCGUCGUUCGCGUCCUGCAUGAUUGGCUACACGACGUCCUUCAUCGGAACAACAGUGUCGCUGGAAUCAUUCCAGGAUGAGUUCGGCUUGUCUUCAAUGGGUGCCUCACAGCGCAGCUUGAUCCAGGCAAACGUCGUUUCAUUGUUCCAAGCAGGCGCUUUCUUCGGGUCUAUCUUCUCCUACGGCACUGCCUAUUACUUCGGACGAAGAAUUACGCUCUGGACUUUUGUUACUCUCUUCAUUGUUGGUGCCUGCGUCACUUUCGCCGCCAUUGGUGGACAUCUGGGUCCCAUGUAUGCCGGACGGUUCAUCUCUGGAUUUGGUGUUGGUGGCUGCACAAUGAUCGUCCCGAUCUUUAUCUCAGAAAUCGCACCUCCAGCCAUUCGUGGCCGUCUUGUCGGCACUUACGAACUUGGUUGGCAAAUUGGUGGCCUCGUUGGCUUCUGGAUCAACUACGGCAUGACUCAGAGCGUCGCCUAUGGUCGCAACCAGUGGCUUAUUCCUUUUGCUGUUCAGCUCGUCCCGGCUGGCAUGGUCCUCAUCGGUAGUCUGAUCUUCCUGAGAGAGACUCCGCGCUGGCUGUGGACCAAGGGCCGACGCGAGCAGGGCAUUGCCAACCUUUGCUGGUACAGGCAGCUCGAGCCUCAGGACACCUACAUCAUUGAGGAGAUCGAGAUGAUGGAUCUUCAGAUCAAUGACCUUCCCACUGGAUUCAUAAAGCCCAUUCGUCUGGCAUUGUCGAACAACACUGUGCUGUGGCGCUUGUUCUUGGGCCACAUGCUCUUCCUGCUCCAGAACUUCUCGGGCAUCAACGCAAUCAACUACUACUCGCCAACCAUCUUCCGUACCAUGGGCGUGCACAACACCCAAACCAUCGAACUCAUGACCGGACUCUUCGGCGUCGUGAAAUGCAUCAUGACCAUUCUCUGGCUCACUGUCAUGAUCGACAAGCUCGGCCGGCGUACUCUCUUCUUGUUCGGUGGCGCCUUUGGUGCAGCGUGCAUGAUCACCAUCGGCGCACUCAUCAUCACCGAGCCCAUCGCUGCCGCGGACGCUGGUCUCUCCGGCCAGGGCAUCGCCACCAUAUUCAUGAUCUACCUCUGGACCUGCGUAUACAUCACCUCGUGGAACGGCACGCCCUGGGUCGUCAACGCCGAGAUGUUCAACCAGGCGACGCGAAAUGUCGGCCAGGUAGGCGCGUCAAUGGCAAACUGGCUUUGGACGUUCGUCAUCGCGCGGAUCACGCCGAACAUGGUUGCUGGCAUGGGCAAGAAUGGAUCAGGCAUGUACUUCUUCUUCGGCGCGGUGAGCGCCUGCGCAGUCGUGUUUGUGUGGUUUCUGGUGCCGGAGACGAAGAGCGUGCCGCUUGAUCAGAUGGAUCGGCUGUUUGAGAUUCGGCCGGUGCGCGGCGCGCAGCCCAAGCUCAUGGAGGAGCUGGCGCAGAACAGUGCUGAGUUUGCGAAGCUGGAUCGCAAGGAUGAGGAUGUGUCGGAGCAGGUUGAGAAGCGCUGAGCCAUUGUUAUUGGGAAGUGUUUAACAAAUUUAAUUAUCAUAUUUACU